CACGUGGUUUGAAUUCGGACCGAUCAAGUUGAUUCGCGCAGUUCUGCAGAACGGGCCCCAGGUGGCGGAUACAUGUUCGAACGAGAACGCAGACAUGUGGCGAGUCUUCGGGAGCAAGAGCGGGAGGAAGUUAUCGGAAUAGGAGGGAUAAUCGAAGUAAAAAGAGAGAGGAGAACCUACAGUCCGGUGUUCCAGGUGUAACUUGCCGCUCGCUCGAGCAGUGCACUGCCGAACGCUAAACUCGGCAGGCGGUUCGUCUCCGCGUCGCGCCACUUGAUACCGCAAUUCUAUCUUUCUCGCGUUUCGAUUCGCGCGAGGAACGCGUCGAGUGUUUCCCAAGUUACGAACGAUGUCUCGGUAAAGCAGAUACCAAGCGGCGAAGGAGCGAACGACGCACGGAAAGAUGUCUUCGGAGCGAUUUCACAAGGCCGCGCGAGACGGCGCGUUGGACGUUCUGAAGGAAGCUACGAGAAAGGAUUGUAAUGCGCGAGACGAAGGAGGAAUGACCCCGACAUUAUGGGCAGCCUUCGAAGGUCACAUAGAUGCCCUGAGACUGCUGGUCGCCAGAGGAGGCGAUCCGGACAAAACCGAUUAUUUCGGCAACACUUGCCUACAUCUGGCAGCGGCGAGGGGCCAUGAAUUCUGCGUGAAGUUCUUAGUGAAAUUCGGAUGUAAUAUCUGGUCGCUGGACAUCGAUCGACAUUCUGCCAGGGAACUCGCAGCAAUCAACGGCUGCGAGAGAAUCCUGCAGUUCUUGGAUCUCGCUCAGGCCGAUCAGGAACUGAACAAUCGCAAGAAAAGCCGGCUGCUUCGGGAAAAGGCGGAGAAGGAUGCGGAGAAGAGAUUGAAAGAAUACAUGAAAAAGCAGAAGAUGGCUGAGAUGAGAGCAGAGAAGGAGCAAAAAAAACUCAUAAAGGAUCGUGCUAAAUCUGACUUGGACACAAUGAACGAGAUGAACGGCCAGAGGCUCGGAGUACUGACCUUUAGAGGCCGAAUGAAACCUUCGCCGACAUUCAGCGACAUCGUCGGUACCACCACAAAGAGAAACGGCAGCACAGUUUGCCGGAAAGCUUUAGCAAAGAAAGCCAUCAAUGACUUUAAGAUCGUAGAAGUCGAAGUAAAUGGAAAAAAAUCCAUUCGAAGUUUAACCGGCGUUCGACGGGACUCUGAAGUUAUGUAUGUAGGCACGUACGAUACUCAGCCUCAACACAUGGGCAGAAGAGGCAAGAUUUCCGACGUGUGGGGCACUCUGAGUAAAUCGCAGAGCACGCCCGACCUCUUAGGUGAAAGGAUAUACGACGAGGAGGAAGAGGACAGGGAGGAAGAGAAUCUGAAUGUUACGAAGGACACCACUUUCCUUCAGGAACCAGCAAGCAUCUUCAAUCGACCUGGUUUCGGGUCGGUGGCCUUCAGAAGGACGAUAACAUCUACGCUGGACAAUCUGCCGGUCACGCAGACGGACGUUCAGUUUCAAAACGGUAACGUUCCUACGAAUGGCUCCGCAAAUGGAUCCAUAAACAGCAACAAGUUUAGCCCUAACGGACAUAACGAGGAGACCAGUAUAGGAAGUGCCGGUAGUUUAGCACGCAGACAAAGCCUGUGGGACGAGGAUUUGCUUUCAGAAGGCGAAGAGACGGACGAAGAAUGGACACCCUUACAAAGAUUUUUAGUUGCCAAUAAUCUGAUGUCAAUACAAUCUGUCUUGGAGUCGGAGCAAAUUGAUCUGGAAGCUCUCAUGCUGCUUACCGAGACCGACAUAGCAGCCCUCAAACUUCCACUCGGUCCCAGGAGAAAGCUUACCAACGCGAUUGCAAAUCGGAAAAAAGCUCUGAGCGCACCGGAAAGCGUCAUUAAAGAUAGCAGAUUGUGAAAAUAGUGUGCUAUAAUAAUAGCUUUGUAGUAGCUAUUGACGAAAUUAUCCGUUCAUCCAUACAAAUGUGACAAAAUAACUAUUAAUAAUAUGUGCAGGAAAUAUAGAUUAGAGACAGGAAAAUAUAGAGAUUUUAAUCAUCAAACGUAAAACCGAAAUUUUCUCAUACGAAUUACAAAAAAUUGAUCAGUAAAAUUAAAAAAAAAAAAGGAUGAAAAAUAUGAAAAUUUGUUACAAUUAUUAUAAACUUCGAGCAGGUUGGAUAAUGAAUUAUACAUUGUGAUGGUGCUAUUUUAAAUGUAAAAAUAUAUCUGCACAGUUCUUAUUACAUAUCAUAAUAUUCUUAACAGAAUUCUUUUGUGCCUUAUAAUUUUCAUAGUAGAUCUACUAGUAUAUUUUCCUACCAUUUAUCUACUAUAUUUCCCUACUAUUUACCAUCAUAGAAUACUAAAUAUUUAAAUGAUCUCUACUAGAUUACUAUAAUUGAUCAAUAUUACACAAUCAGUAAAUUAUGAUCAUAAUUACGCAAGUGAUACAAAGAUUGCAAGAAAAAUAAGAAACUUAGAAAAAAAUUAUGAUUAAUGACAUUAGAUAAUUAAAUAGUAUAUAUGCCAUAAUAAAACAGACAAACUUUCAACACACUGCCAUAAAACAUAAGGCGUUUAUGUUUGUAAAAGCAUGUUACUGUUGACCGACAUCUGCUCAACGUGCUACAUUCCAAUUAGGUCUACGCAUCGUACUAUUGUACUAUACACGAAUUUCAAAAAUGCCAAAUUCACACAUUUACUCGAGUAAUGUAAUCAUACACGUUAUCAUUAAUUGAUACAUCAAACCGCGUGCGAAGUAAUUAUUGGAUAUCACCGAUAGGUCUCAUAUUGCGCAUGAUAAUCGGGAUUCAUAUUUCAUUAUCAUUUAUGAGGCGUAACCGUCAAAAUUAGCUGCUGGGAUACUGUAACAAUAGAAUAUUGGACCUUGGCUCAUUUUCAAGUAUAGAUAGGUACUUCAGCUGUCUGCUAAAUAGGAAUGUUUGUAUGUAGAGAUAUUUUACUCAUCUGUAGUUCUCUCUCUCUCUCUCUCUCUCUCUCUCUCUCUCUCUCUCUCUUUCUCUGAUUUCCCACUUUAUCUAUACAUUUCAGAUAAAACGAUAAAACGACGUGUAACUUUUCGUAUUCCGAUGAUGCAAUUGCAAUAUAGAUUAGAUUAUGUCUAAUAUUGAUUUUGUAUAAAAUCGUGUGUAUAGUGCAUAUUAUACUAUACGAAAUUAUACGCAAAAUGUACAAAAGAAA